GAUUCUUUUUCACUGGUUUUCUAAUCUCAGUGUCAAAAUCUCUGCAAAAGGUAGAAGAUGAAGAUAUGUUGCUGAACACAUUCAGUUUAGGAAGAGUACUUCGAAAUGGAGAUAGAACAGAAAGCAGAGGAGCUACACCUUUGCUCAAGAAUUAUAAGACUGAAGACAGUAGAUUUGUGGAUGAAGGGGAAGACAGAAGCCCAACGUUCUUUGACAUGGGUUCCAAACAUGAUUUCCUAAACCAGGGUAUGGUAAUCAACUUAGGUUCAAAGCGGCUACCUUAUCUUGCACUGAAGGGUGCCAUGGCUUUUCCAGCUGAUGCUGAAAUUCAGAAUAUUGAAUCAAUACAGGGAAGAAGAGACACUGGAUAUGAAGAAAAAUCAGCUAAACUCCCUAUAGGAAGAAGAGAUUUUGAUGUUAAUCAUAUUCCCAGAGCCAUAAUCUAA